AUGAAAGACUGGAUUGAAGACUUACGGAAACGGCUAGAGAAGGAAGACAACAGGGCGGAUACCAAGGACCUACCCAUCCAUACAUGCUCGUACUGUGAUCGUCUUUUUGACAUGACUUGGGAAGCCAGUCCCGGUCCCAAUCCUACGGAGAAGCCGAGACUGCGCAUUCAGCUCAGUGAGGAAGAGGAGUCUACGGAAACUCCGAGUUGGGAGUGUGGGUUUUACCAGCAUGCGCCCCAUGUAUACCGGUAUGCAAGGAGACAUGGUCUUGAGACUGUUCUUCCAUGUUAUAAAGAAUAUCCCAAUUCCAUACUCCGCGUAUCAACGUACAACGACACACGCUGCACCUUCUCCACCAUUGCGUGUUAUGCUGCUGGUCAGGAUGCCUUUGCCAUCGGGCCAGAUGACUGCCUGAAAACAUUGCCGAAUCUGAAUCCGGCAUCUACACGUGCCGUAAACUUUAUGCACUCGGUUCUAAAGGAUAGGCUUCGCUCAAAAUUACAGCCCAGUGGGAAGAUGCCACCCAAGAGGCUGCUCAGGCUGGAUCCGUCUGGAAAUACUAUGCAGCUUAUUGAAACGACGAGGGAUGAAGAGUACAGCUAUGGUACGCUGAGCUACUGCUGGGGAGGAUUUCAGGCCAUCAUGACAACGCGGGAGACGAUUGCGUCUCAUAAACAUGGUGUGCUCAUUGAUACCCUACCACGAACGAUUCAGGAUGCCGUAUGGGUGACGACAGUGCUGAAUCUGCAAUACCUGUGGGUUGAUGUCUUGUGUAUAAUACAAGACGACGAAGAAGACGUUGCACGCGAAAUCGCCAAUCAAGCCAACAUCUACCGCGCAUCGGCUUUUACCAUCUUAGCUGGAGACUGUGCGCACGCUGACGCCGGCUUCUUGCAUCCUCGUCCUAAGCCAUCCAUAGAAUAUCAUAUCUCGGUGCGCAUGCCGGAAAUGAAUGAUGCGGUGUCGAAGAUUAGUGUUCAGUUUGAAAAGAAGCAUCGCAAGGACCCGGUGGAAGAAAGAGUCCUACUCUCGCCAUACGUCCUGUAUUUUAGUAAAAGCCAGUUGGUAAUUCACUGCCAUGAUCGCGUCUACGUCGACGGAGGCUACGACAACCACGCACUCAAGACGACUCACCUCCGCCGCAACUGGGACGCCCACACAUCGACCAUUGCCGACUCAGACAGCGACUGGCAACGCCUCGUUCAACCCUACAGCGGCAUGCAUCUCACCAAGUCAUCCGACAAACUCCCCGCCAUCUCCGCCCUCGCCGAGGCCUUUGGCCGCUGUUUCCUCGACCAAGACGAAAUUGCAAAAAGCUACAAAGCCGGCAUCUGGCUCCAACACAUGCCCAACUGCCUGCUGUGGAAACGGCUAGGCCUCCGCAUCCACAAUCUACCUCACUAUCGAGCACCGUCUUGGUCCUGGGCCUCAACCGACGACCUGGUCGAGUACGACGAGGAACUCCAGGGCGCUACGCACAGCGACGUCGAAAUCCUGAGCUGCACAACCACUCCCACCUUUUCCAGCGCGCCCUUUGGCGAAGUAACAAGUGGCGAGUUGCGCCUGCGUGGCCCGGUCAAACCGCUGUCCCGCUACCGCAUGGACAUGUACUCCCCGCCCUUUACCCUGCACGACCUCGAAACCAGCGACACGUUUGCGAUUGACUUUGUAGUCGAGCCCGAGUUUGUGGAGCCGCGGUUUGCGGCUGGGUCUGCGGGGUCCAGGGCUAAUGUCCAGUUGUCGAUGCUGCUCUGUGUGCGGAAACAGAUCCCGACGAGUACGUUGUUGCUCGGUCUUGUGUUGGCGAGGAGGCGUGGUGAGAGCGGGUUUCGACGCGUGUCGACGUGGAGUCGGUGGUAUGAUGAGCGGGAAGAUGGGGGACGGUGGUUGGCGGCGUUUGAGCGGGUAGAGGUUGGGAUUGUGUAG